AAAUGAUUAUAUAAUUACGCUGUGAUAAAUAAACCUAGUUUUAAGGGUCAGAUUGAUCAGAAAUAGCUAACAACUAAAAUGCUAGCUUAACCGUAUAAGGGGCGUUACCAUAAAAGUUACGCAAUGUUAACGUCACGAGAGGGGCUGCAGCACAAACACGAGCGUCAACAACAACUAAUGUUCAACAACUGCGAGUUGAAAAACGAUUGAAAUAUUUUCAUCGAGGUCUUCGUUCAGUAUUUGAUUUGGCAUUAAAAAUGGCACAGGUUGGAUUCUGUGCACUACUUAUGUUUCAUUCUCUAUUCUCUGGAUUGAUUCAUCUCAUCACAUGCCAUAUUUGUAAGGAAGGCAAAAUGUAUAAGAAGGACCGACCCAAUUUCAUCAUUAUCUUAGCAGACGAUAUUGGAUGGGGUGACCUGUGGGUGAAAAGACCUGACAACUCCACACCAACACCCUGGUUGGACUCAUUAAUGCUGAAGGGCAAAAGAUUCACAGACUUCCACUCUCCUGCCUCCACAUGCUCACCCUCACGAGCUGCCCUCCUGACUGGCAGACACGGGCUACGCAACGGGGUCACCCACAAUUUUGCAGAGGGGUCAGUUGGAGGACUGCCAUUGAAUGAGACAACGUUUGCUCAGCUCCUGCAUGAUGCAGGCUAUUAUACAGCCAUGAUCGGAAAAUGGCACCUUGGACACAAUAGUUCCUACAAUCCAGUUCAUAGAGGUUUUGACUAUUACUUCGGUAUCCCUUAUAGUAAUGACAUGGGCUGCACUGACAAACCAGGCCUUGACCUUCCCAGCUGCCCUCCCUGCAUCCAAAGUCAGUAUACUAUUAGGAAGCAUGAAGGAUGCUACACCAAAGUGGCAUUACCUCUUUUUGAAAAUGAGACAAUAGUUGAACAACCCUUGGACACAUGGAGCCUUAAGGAACGGUAUGCCACAGCGGCGGUCACACAGAUAUUGACAGCCAGUGUUUCCAGGAAGCAACCUUUCCUACUGUAUGUGUCUCUCGCUCACAUGCACGUCCCACUGUUCCAUAAUACCUUCCUAAACGUUACGACACAGGACCCCUACACAGCCAGCCUCAGCGACAUGGACUCUCUGGUGGGCACAAUCAUGCAGGCGGUCAGCAAUGAGCAGUUGGAAAAUACAUUGAUAUGGUUCACUGGAGACAAUGGCCCGUGGGAACAGAAAUGCCAAUUUUCAGGAAAUGUUGGGCCUUUUGUUGGAAAAUGGCAGACAAGCAGAGGUGGUGGCUCAGCGAAGAGAACCACAUGGGAAGGAGGUCAUAGAGUUCCCACAGUGGUCGCAUGGCCUAAGAAGAUCAAACCCAACAGCACCAGCAGCGCCCUGCUGAGUGGUCUGGAUAUCUUUCCAACUAUCCUCUCUUUGGCUGGUGUAAAACCACCAUCAGGUCGACGUUAUGAUGGCAUUGAUAUAACAGACAUUCUGCUCAACAACUCUGACACGGGACAUAAGAGCCUCAUGCAUCCAAAUAGUGGUGCUGCGGGACAGUUUGGGGACUUUCAAACCAUAAGGCUGAGAAAUCACAAGGCAUUCUACAUCACAGGUGGAUCAGUGGCGUGUGGUGGAGGACGUGGAAAACAGCAGUAUCAUGACCCCCCUCUGAUAUUUGACCUCUCACGGGAUGAGGCAGAAGAAACACCUUUGAACCCUGAGAGUGAGGAGUACAGGUCUGUCCUAAAGGAAGUGGAGAGAGAGAGGGAGGCCCUUCUAUGGGACAUUGCCACAGAUAAGGUAUCGACAGCCGAUUACACUGUGAUUCCAGCUGCAAUCCCCUGCUGUCGGCCACACAACCCCGCCUGUCGAUGUCAUAGUCUGAAAUGAGGUCAGUGGGCUCAGCCUUGAACUCAGAGCUGUUUGUCAAAUGUGUUAGAUCACAUCAACAUAUUGAAAGCACUGUAUUUUCGCACACUGGUAAAACCAUCCCAGAAAACCGCUCUAGUUUAAUAAGUUGCGUUGAUGUGUAAUAACUCUGUGUAACAGAAAAACUGAACAUGUGCAAGAUGUUGCAAUAUGUAUUUAUAUUGAUGUUUCAUUAUGAGAAAGAUAAUUUCUUUUAAAAAAAACAUACCAUAAAUAGACCAUAAUCAUUUAUCCUAUUGUUUGGUUGGUCCUAUUGUUAUCCUAAAAUGACUUAUUGAUGACAGAGUGCUCCAUUUUAGUGUUGCUUGAUUUAACUGCAACGUUUGAUGCAGUUGAUCAUUCAGUUUUAAUUUAUACAUUAAAGAGAUGGGUGGGAAUAUCUGGGGUGGCUUUAGACUGGUUUGUGUCCUAUUUGUCAAAUAGGAAAUUUGUAUUGUCUGUUGGAGAUGAGAUGUCCUCCUCUUCAAAAGUUAAUUGUGGUGUUCCGCAAGGAUCCCUGUCAGGGCCAAUUUUGUUUUCUCUAUAUAUGUUACCUCUUGGUUCAGUAAUUCGAAAACACAACAUUAAUUUCCAUUGCAAUGCAGAUGACCUACAGUUAUAUUUGAUGUUGAAUCCCAAUGAUCUGACUAAUUUAAAUGUUCUUCAAGAGUGUAUAGUAAAUAUAAAAAAUUGGAUGACAUGUAAUUUUCUGCAGUUAAAUUAAGAUUAAACAGUGGUUGUUAUUAUUGGUCAUGGUUUUAAAAAGAUUCAAAUUGAGUCAGCACAUAAUUAUGUGGUCCCAAAUAUUCAGCAGGUGGUGAGAAAUUUGGACAUCUAUUUUGACACAAAUUUACAUUUUGAAUAUCACGUCAGGAAGUUAGUUCCAUCUUUUUUUUAUCAGUUAAGGAACAUUUCCACGGUAAGACAGGUUCUGAGUUUUAGGGAUACAGAGAAGCUUAUUCAUGAUUUUAUUUUAUCUCGCCUUGUUUAUUGUAAUGCACUGUUUUCAACUUUAAAUCAACGCACUUUAGCACGGCUACAAUCAGUGCAAGAUGAGUGUGUUUACUGAGUGUGUUUUGAUUUUAUAUUUUGUGAAGCACUUUGUGCUAUAUUGCGAAAAGGUGCUAUAUCAAAUAAAGUUAUUAUUAUUAUCUAAUUUGUUUAAAAUAUUUUUUUCUUUUAAAACACAGCAUCUAUAUUUAUAGAGAAAUGUCAUACUAAAGGACUUUCUUUCAUAGUUUUGUUAUAUAUCCAUCUUGUGGUAAUACCAUUGCUAUUACUGACUUUACCGAUUAAUCAUAGUUUUGUUAUGUCUCCAUCUUGUGGUAAUACCAUUGCUAUAACUGACUUUACCCAUUAACUUUGUAUUUAGAUCAAGGAAAUUAAGUGUUUUGUAUUUGUACAGCUGAUUAUUUUGAGAAAUAAAAUUAACUUACAUGAUAAAUAGAAUAUAUAUGAACACAAUCAUUAAUUACAUUCACAGGAUUACUGACAAAAGAAUAUAAAUUCAUCCACCCAUCUAACAAAGCCGCUUGACCUAUAUAGGGUCGCGGGUAGUGCUGGAGCCUAUCCCAGCUGGCUUGGGCCGAAGGCAGGGAAGAAUGUAAAUCUGUUUUUCAAAUAAAACACACAUCACUGUACACAUUUCAUGCUGUAUCUAAAACAAGCUUUCUCACUUUUCAGCCUCUUUCUUUAUUUUUUUCUUGUUAGUAAGCACAAUGGUGAAUCCAACCUCUCAUGAAGAAUGCAGUCUAGGUAGACCAGUGUUGCCUUUUCAAAUGAAUGUGUGAAACUGAAAAAACACAUCAUGAAUUAAGAUGUCCUCUUCACAACAAAUUAUAAAAUAAAAUGCUUCAAAUAUUUAAACAUUUGAAUUUGUGAAAUUUGAGUUCAGUAACUUAAGUAAUAAUGUAGGGUGCUUUACAUUUGAAAUAUUAUUGUGCAUUAAUAAUUUCUUUGCUGAUUAAAAAAAAACAAAAAAAAAAAAAACUAUGUGGUGAGAAGACUCAUUUACAGUUUACAACUAAAGGAAAUAUAAAGAUAAGUAGUCAAUGGACAUAAAGCGGUUCCUUUUCCGGUAAUGUCAUUGUUACAUCAGCAAGUCCCUUUUGAGUAAAUGUUUUCAUUCUCAUGAGUAUUAUAAGCAGCCACUGUAACACAAUAUCACAGCAGAAUAUAAAUAGACAGAUGGUCAAUGAGCUACCAACUCUCAGACCUAGUGCAACAUUAAGUUAGGAUGGAUGAAGAAAAAAUAUUACCAUUACAAACAAAGUGUGCUGUAAUUUCUUUUGUAUGUAUAUGUAAAAAAAAAAAAAAAAAAAAAUCUUAGCUCAUUAAAUUAUUGUAUGAAAAUUAGUGUUUUGGCCAAAAAUCAAACAAGACAAUUCAGUUCUAAAGAAUACUAGGAUCUUGCUGACAUAAAUUAAGAAACACUUCAAACAACCACACUGGUUCUGAGUAGAUAUUACAAAUUUAGUAAUAUGAUAUUAAUCACCCAUAGUUCCAACAAAGCAUACGUGUGACCAACAUUUUACCGUCAGAAAAAAAGGGUCAGCCAAAAUUCGUAUUUAAAAAUGCUAAAAUAGAUAUGUCAGCACAUUUCAUGGAGUAAUUCUUGUUGCUAAAAUCACAUGAAACAAACAAUAUUUAGGGAUAAGAAUGGUGAAUAUAAGGAUCAAGUUGCCACUGUGAUGCGCAUUGCUUUUUGUACAGUUCUGUAUCUCACACCCUAUCAUGUGUUUGAAGUAUUUGUUGCAUAUGCAAUUUGUUCACCAUCCUAGUCAGUGCAUUAUCUUUCACAUUGUUUGUAAGAGAAAACUACAGCCCGUCUAAUGAUUCAGUGUAUCUUCUGCAAGCAGUCUGUAACAGAACAUGCGAACAAUGGACCAAUGCAGGAAAAAUUAGAUGUGUUCAUCCCUUUACAGUUGCAUGCACCCACUAUUUUGAGAUCACAGUAGAAGACUAUGGCAUAGCAUACUAUGGGUCCAGUCUGUGACUGUAUGUGUUGACAACAGUCUAUAGUAGAUUCCGUUCACAAGCCAUGCCAAAGGGAAUUAAUUAUCUUUCUCCUGGCAUUGCAUUGAAUCAAUCUCUAUGGCUUGUAAAACAAGGUUGCUGUCUUGAUAAAAAACCUCAGUGCUGUCAUUUUGCACAUUCUCGGUCACUGGGUCAUUUUGCAUGAUUGCUGCUUCCUCAACUUCUCCAAGUAUCAAAAUGUCACUGCUGGUUUGGACAUAUUUUGCAUUGAGCAUGUUUACCUCACCAACAUGAUCCUCAUUGCAUUCUGAGCAGGGAAUGCUUGUUUCACUGAUCUCUGAAUGCUUACAGAUGGUUUUAUUCAUGGACUCUUCCUGGACAGCAGCAUCUAUGCUGGAGUCUUUAUUGCUGACUCCA